AGAAAUUGAAGAUGAUGUCCCAUUUACAAAAAUACAUCGGACUAUGAUGCGUUGGCGAGGAACAGCUACACUACCUGAGCUAACAACGUUCAUAAAUGUACUAGACAACUUACACACCGAUAAGUGGGAGUUCUUGAGAAGCUACUCGGUAGGCCCAAACGAUCCUCAAAUGUUUGAGGUAACAGCCAUCGGAGAAAGAGGGCUGCUAUUUUAUGACUCUAAUUUUAUACGCGAGUUGACGAUUGACGGAUUGUAUGUAAGUACAACAAAAAUCGUACCGGAUAUCCAUGAAGCAAAAUAUUUGACCUUCGUCAUGGCAGCUAUGAACGGAUAUGCAUUCCCAAUAAUGUGGAUUAUUUCGACUGAGUACUCAGCUCAAAUUGUGAAGAAGAUCGUUCUUGAAAUCAAGAAUAUCCUGAAUGAUGCUGACGCAACUUUCAACGCUAUAUUUGUUGAUAGCUACUACGAACUACAAGACCAAAUAAGCGAUAAUUUUCAGGAAAUACAAAAAAAAGUAACAUCAUUCGAUAGCUACUGCAAAGUUUUACGUGCAAUUGCUUAUCGGUUUUUAAAUGAUGAAUAA